AUGAUUAUCUUCAGGGACGCCCUCACUGACAGCAAGGAUGAGCUCCUCUCCGACUCCUUCAAGCUAAAGGAGGUUGAUGGAAUCGCCUACGAAGCUGACUGCGCUAUGAUUGAAAUUGGUGCCGUCGAUGUCGACACUGGCGCUAACGCCUCUGCCGAAGACGCUGACGAGGGUAUUGACGACUCUGCUCAGAAGGUCAACAACAUCAUCCACUCCUUCCGUCUCCAGCCUACUAGCUUCGACAAGGCCUCGUAUCUCUCGUACCUAAAGGGUUACAUGAAGAAGCUUGCCAAGCACAUCAAGGACAAGGGUGCUUCUGACGAGGAGGUCAAGGAUUUCCAGACCAAGGCUCAGGGCUUCGCAAAGAAGAUUGUCAGCAACUUCAAGGACUACGAGUUCUACACUGGUGAGAGCAUGGAUGUUGACGGAAUGGUUGUCCUUCUCAACUACCGUGAUGAUGGUGUUACCCCCUAUGUCACCAUCUGGAAGCACGGUCUGGACGAGAUGAAGGUUUAA